CCCCGCGCAGCACGGACACGGGCCGCGCCGACCAAUGGGGAGGCGAAGCCCCCGCGGGGCGGGCGGGGAGCGCGGGCGCCGGAGCCGCGCGGCGACAUCCGGCGCGGCCACGCGAGGGGGGUCAGUCCGACCUGCGAGACUGCCUUGUGUCGCUUCCAUUUUCCUUUUGAAUUCCUGCUUUGCAGACAGCAAUGGCAGCCCGAGUACUAGUAAUUGGCAAUGGAGGAAGGGAACAUACGCUGGCCUGGAAACUUGCACAGUCUAGUCAUGUCAAACAAGUGUUGGUUGUUCCAGGAAAUGCAGGCACUGCCUGCUCUGAAAAGAUAUCAAAUACUGCCGUCUCCAUCAGUGAUCACGCUGCCCUUGCUCAGUUCUGCAAAGAUGAGAAAAUUGAAUUCGUAGUUGUUGGACCAGAGGCACCUCUGGCUGCAGGAAUUGUUGGGAACCUGACGUCUGCAGGAGUGCGAUGCUUUGGUCCCACAGCAGAAGCAGCUCAGUUAGAGUCGAGCAAAAGAUUUGCCAAAGAAUUUAUGGACCGACAUGGAAUCCCAACUGCACAGUGGAGAGCUUUCACCAAACCUGAAGAGGCCUGCAGCUUCAUCAUGAGUGCAGACUUCCCUGCUUUGGUUGUGAAGGCCAGUGGGCUUGCCGCCGGGAAAGGAGUGAUUGUUGCAGGGAGCAAAGAAGAGGCCUGCAGAGCUGUCCAGGAAAUCAUGCAGGAUAAAGCUUUUGGAGCAGCUGGAGAAACAAUUGUCGUUGAAGAACUUCUUGAGGGAGAAGAGGUGUCUUGUCUGUGCUUCACUGAUGGAAGGACUGUGGCCCCCAUGCCCCCAGCACAGGACCAUAAGCGACUGCUCGAGGGAGAUCGCGGCCCCAACACAGGGGGAAUGGGAGCCUACUGCCCAGCACCUCAGGUUUCUAAGGAUUUGUUGCUAAAAAUUAAAAACAUCAUUCUUCAGAAGACGGUGGAAGGCAUGCAGCAGGAGGGUAUGCCAUACACAGGUGUUCUCUAUGCUGGUAUAAUGCUGACCAAGGAUGGCCCAAAAGUUCUGGAGUUUAAUUGCCGCUUUGGUGAUCCAGAGUGCCAAGUGAUCCUCCCACUUCUUAAAAGUGACCUUUAUGAAGUGAUUCAGUCUACCUUAGACGGCCUGCUCUGCACAUCUCCUCCUGUUUGGCUUGAAAACCACACCGCCGUAACUGUUGUCAUGGCAAGUAAAGGUUAUCCAGGAGACUAUACCAAGGGUGUGGAGAUAACAGGGUUUCCUGAGGCUCAAGCUUUAGGACUGGAGGUGUUCCAAGCAGGCACUGCCCUGAAAGACGGCAGAGUGGUGACUAACGGGGGUAGAGUCCUUUCCGUAACAGCCAUCCGGGAAAAUCUCAUCUCGGCCCUUGAAGAAGCCAAGAAAGGACUAGCUGCUAUCAAGUUUGAGGGAGCCAUUUACAGGAAGGACAUCGGCUUCCGUGCCAUAGCUUUCCUCCAGCAGCCCAGGGGCCUGACUUACAAGGAAUCUGGGGUAGACAUUGCAGCUGGAAAUAUGCUGGUCCAGAAAAUCAAACCUUUAGCAAAAGCCACCUCCAGACCAGGCUGUGACGUUGAUCUUGGAGGUUUUGCUGGUCUUUUUGAUUUGAAAGCAGCCGGUUUCAAAGAUCCUCUUCUGGCCUGUGGAACAGAUGGCGUUGGAACUAAACUGAAGAUCGCCCAGCAGUGCAAUAAACACGACACCAUUGGUCAGGAUUUGGUCGCCAUGUGUGUAAAUGAUAUUCUGGCACAAGGAGCAGAGCCUCUCUUCUUCCUCGAUUACUUUUCCUGUGGAAAACUUGACCUCCACACGACCGAAGCUGUUGUUGCUGGAAUCGCAGAAGCUUGUGGAAAAGCUGGAUGUGCUCUCCUUGGAGGUGAAACAGCAGAAAUGCCUGACAUGUAUCCUCCUGGAGAGUACGACCUAGCCGGUUUUGCCGUCGGCGCCAUGGAGCGGGAUCAGAAACUCCCUCACCUGGAAAGAAUCGCUGAAGGGGAUGUUGUUAUCGGAAUAGCUUCAUCUGGUCUUCAUAGCAAUGGAUUUAGCCUCGUGAGGAAAAUUGUAGCGAAAUCUUCCCUCCAGUACUCCUCUCCAGCACCUGAUGGCUGUGGGGAGCAGACCUUAGGAGACUUACUUCUAACUCCAACCAGAAUCUACAGCCAUUCACUGUUACCUGUCCUACGUUCAGGACACGUCAAGGCUUUUGCCCAUAUUACUGGUGGAGGAUUGCUAGAAAACAUCCCCAGAGUCCUCCCUCAGAAAUUUGGGGUGGAUUUAGAUGCCCAGACCUGGAGGAUCCCCAGGAUCUUCUCGUGGUUACAGCAGGAAGGACACCUCUCUGAAGAAGAGAUGGCCAGAACAUUUAACUGUGGGAUUGGCGCUGCCCUUAUAGUAUCAAAGGAUGUGACAAAGCAGGUUCUGAGGGAUAUUCAGCAGCACAAGGAAGAGGCCUGGGUGAUUGGCAGCGUAGUUGCGUGUUCUGAAGGUUCUCCUCGUGUGAAAGUCAAGCAUCUGAUUGAAACCAUGCAAAUAAAUGGAUCGAUGUUGGCAAAUGGUGCCCUGAAAAAUCAUUUCUCUGUCCAACCAAAAAAGGCAAGAGUGGCUGUCUUAAUAUCUGGAACAGGAUCAAACCUCCAAGCUCUCAUAGACAGUACUCGAGAGCCAAGUAGCUCUGCACACAUUGUUGUUGUUAUCUCCAACAAAGCUGCAGUGGCUGGAUUAGAUAAAGCGGAAAGAGCUGGAAUUCCCACGAGAGUAAUUAAUCAUAAAUUAUACAAAAGUCGUGUAGAAUUUGACACUGCAAUUGACCAAGUCCUUGAAGAGUUCUCCACCAGCCUAGUCUGUCUUGCAGGAUUCAUGAGAAUUUUAUCUGGCCCCUUUGUCCGAAAGUGGAAUGGGAAAAUGCUCAACAUACACCCAUCCUUGCUCCCCUCUUUUAAGGGUUCAAAUGCCCAUGAGCAAGUCCUGGACGCUGGAGUCACAGUCACUGGGUGCACCGUGCACUUUGUAGCUGAAGAUGUAGAUGCUGGACAAAUUAUUUUACAAGAAGCUGUUCCAGUGAAGAGGGGUGACACUGUUGCAACUCUGUCUGAAAGAGUGAAAUUGGCAGAACAUAAAAUAUUUCCCGCAGCCCUCCAGCUGGUGGCCAGUGGAACCAUACAGCUUGGGGAAAAUGGCAAGAUCUGUUGGGUCAAAGAGGAAUGAACCUCCUAAUUCAGGAAUGGAGUCAAUUUUGAAAGAAGUCUGGCUGUUUGCAUGGUGGCUUUUUGUUAUGGACCUGGCCCCAAAGAAAAACUGAUAGAAAAGAGGACCUCACCCUUACCUCUUUGGCCAUUUUUUAAUGAACAGAGAUUCAUUAAAAACAACUGGUACAGCAUAUCUAAGACAUAGGUGUAUUGUCUCCAGUAGUCUUUCAGGUUUACCUGUUUAGGACCUUCUUCUUCAGAAUCAGGCUAGUCAUUCAGAGUUCCUCUCACUUUCAGCCAACUAAAAUACCAAAAUUCUUAGUCUUUCUUAUCCUCUAUUUGUGACCAAUAUCACUUCCAUUUUUUUUUUAAGUUAACUGUUCUCUACUCUUUGAAACGUUAACCAAGUCCAGUAAGUUAGUAUCUCUUCCCCAUAUUGUAUAUCUGUGCUGAUUUGAAUUGAGACUUACCUAAUUAUUCUGAUCAUAAUUUAGUGUCAUAAAAUUUCUGGGUGGCUCCCAUUUCUGAGGGAUAGUUUCCUUUGUGCUUUGAAAUAUCAUUAACAUUCCUCUAAUUAUGGACAGUUUCUAUAGUGCCUAGAUUUUAGCUUCACAGUUAUUCUAUGGAUUAUAAACAUCCAUACCUAUAUAAAUCACUAAAGGGUUAAAGGAAGAGUUUCGGUGGCUUCUAGAUUCAAACAUAGGACUUUAGGCAUGUUACUAAUCCUCCCUGUCAGUUUCCCCAUCUACUAAAGUAGAUAAAUGCCUAUCAUAUGGUUGUUUUGAUAAUUAAAUUCAAUACAUGUGAAGUGCUAAGAACAAUGGUUGGCCCAGAGCAGGCACUCAAAGGUUAGCAUUUAUUUCAUAAUUCCUCCACAUUAUAAAGGCUGUUGUAAUUCACUAUUCAUUCAACAAAUACAUCUUGAGCAUAAAAUCAAGAAUGGUGAUAGAUGGAAUAUUGGAAGUGUGGUAGGUACUGUUUUGGAGAGGAAUGAGGGCAGAUGGAGGGCAAUCCACCCAGACUAGUAAAGAGUAUAAUGGGACAGCGUGGAUUUCCCACUCCAGCUGGUCAUUUCCAAUCUGGAUAUGCAAUUCUGCAACUAGGAGGUCAAGGUUGACAUAGUGGGCACUUGUGCAUGACCCUGUCCCUAAGACACCAAGCCUAGUACCACAUUUCUGUCAUAGCUGAGUGAACAAGGAAUGGCCACCUGGCCCAAAGGCAGCCAGCCAUCCUUAGACUGCUGAGCAGCCUUCAAGGUGGUGUGGCCUGAGACUCUGCCUGCCCAGCGGGGUGCACCUUACUCAAAGGGUACCUGGAGCCUCUGUUCAAAUCCUCCUUUGGAGUUUAACUCAAGACCUAACAGCAAAGGACUCUUACAGUACUUAUAUACAGAAGAUAGUAAACUGUGGCCUUAAGACAGGAAAGAGUAAAGCGUCAAGAGGAACGGAGUGGAGCUGUGACAGACCCCUUCACCAACAGACCCUAAUCACUGCCUCUGGUGCAGGCAGGCUUCCCCAGGCUGGGAGCUGGCUGACGUUACCCUUCCUCACUGACUAGGCGGCAGCUGCCAUCAGGUGGGAUGUCCAGGCGCAUCAUUUCCUCAUUUCAAAGGCAUCUUAUAUGCCUUUGCUAUAAAAACAAUUGAUUCAUUUGUUCUGGAGAAGUCACUCAACAUUAUUAAACACCUAUUACAUAUAUGCCAAACACUGUCCUAUGAAGUUUAUGAAAAGUUAAAAGCUUUAAAGGAAAAUGAUAUUGGUUGAUAAAAUCACAUACUGUGGUGAAAGUGGAGGCUGGGACCAGGAUGUAAAUUAGAAAAGUCAAUGUGAGCUUAUGACUUUAGAAAUAGAAUUUUCUAACCCUUACUUUGAUACUAAUCUCCACUAAAAGGAACCUGGGCUUCGUGUAAAGUAGCUGAUGCCAUAUCUUAGGAAGAAUGAAAAUGUGUCUAAAAAUCUGGUUGCCAGAAACCAAAACACACUUGAAAAUAGCAAGGAUGAUACUGAAAGAACAAAGGAGUCAACUUAAAGGGCAUCCCAUGUCCAGUUUGUGAUAAACUGAAUACCGUUUGAACAUGUUGAGUAUGUGAGCAGCCAUUAGUUUAUAAUGAUACUCAAAGAGAAAAGGUCAUUUAAGUUAUGAAAAAUCAAUGCGAAAAAGAAGGGUGAAAACAAGAUGUUAAUAUUUCAUUAAUGUAAUAAAUAUGGAUAUUUAUCAUUUA